UCUAAGGUGAGAAUUCCGAGUGUUCUCUCUUCUUUCCCAGUUGCCGUCCGGCGAACUAAUCCACCGCCAUGGCUCAACGUCUGAAUUUCUCCUCUUCCAUUUCCACCUCGCAUCUUUCGUCUAUUCUUCCCUCUCAGAAUUCCGUCGCUGCUGCUUCUUCGAAACCAAAUUGGAAGCCCCUCACUUCCCACUUCCUCCCUCAUCCUAUCCCUCUCAUCCGUCUCUGCUUACGCUCCACCAACUACUCCGUCUGGCGUCUGGCUGUGACGGCUCUCUCUGCCGAUGCUUCGGGAAAGAAGCCGCUGCUCGAAGUCAAAAUUUUCAAGGCUGUGAUCGCUGAAACAGGACAGGAAAUUCUAAAGGGCGUCAACCUAGUCGUGAAUGAAGGGGAGUUAGGUGGCAGCGUGAUCUUUAAAGGAGAGAACUUGCUUGACAUGGAACCGGAGGAUAGGUCCCUUUCAGGGCUUUUGAGCUUUGAGUCCCCAGUUGAAAUCCCUGGUGUCAGCAAUAUUGACUUCCUAAACAUGGCUUACAAUGCUCGAAGAAGAAAACUUGGUAUCCCUGAGCUUGGUCCAAUUGAGUUCUAUGCGUACCUGUUUCCCAAGCUUGAGCUUAUGAACAUGACGAGUGAUUUUCGAAACAGAAAUGUUAGUGAAGGGUUCAGUGGUGGUGAAAGGAAGCGGAACGAGAUUUUACAGCUUGAGGUUCUGGAAGCAGAUUUGUCUGUAUUAGAUGAGAUUGAUUCUGGUCUAGAUGCCGAUGCUCUCCAAGAUGUUGCAAAAGCAGUUAAUGGACUCUUGACGCCUAAGAAGUCUGUUUUGAUGGUUACACAUUAUCGACGGCUGUUGGAAUUCAUCCAGCCUUCCUAUGGUUACACAUUAUCUCGUUAA